AUGCAUACCGCUGCUCUCUUCCUUGCCCUCGCCCUCUCUGCCCAUGCGGUUCCUGUCCUCCACGCUCGUGGAAAUGACACCGUCGAGCGUAGAGAGGAAGGCCCCUACAAAGUCGUGAAUGUUGCGGGCCCUACUACCCCCGUCGUCGAGACCAUCACUGCGACUAACCCUCCGGCACCGCCUACCACUAUCACUGUCACUGAGUACCCCUCGUCCACACCAGCUUCUGUGCCUGGUGCUUCUCCCUCACCCUGGAAUGCCGGGCCUACCGUGGAUGGUGCUCCUUUGAAUCGCCGCGAAACCAACAGCAGCGCAAGCGCUUUUCACCGACGUGUGUUCACCGAUGAUGCUACCAACAGCACUGCGAGCCGACGUGCAAUGUUCUCGGAUGAUGCUACUACCAACAACACCGUGAGUCGACGUGGAAUCCUUGAGGAUGCUACCAACAGCACCCUGAGCCGACGUGCGAGGUUGGAGGAUGACGCCACUACCAACAAGACAGAGAGCCGCCGGGAUAUUCUCGACCAUGCUACAAACAGCACUCUGAGCCGGCGUAAAAUGUUCUCGGAUGAUGCCACCAACAGCACCGAAAACCAUGCGAUCGCCACUCGCAGCAACGACACCAUCCCGGCUCAGAGCCAGCCUAAGGUGGAUGUUAUUGCUCGGGGUUUGCUGUCGGAAGCGCGCAACGAGACUGAGCACAGUCUGCAGGCUCGCAGCAACAUCACUUCCGAAGUUGUUGCCCGGAGCAAUGAUACCAUUGCUAAGGCCAUGGCCCGCCGGUCACUUUACGAGGGGCUUGAGUCCGACAACAGUACCGCUAGGGUUGCUGCACGUAGCAACGAUACCGUUUCCAAGCUGGUAACCCGCGAGAUUGGAGACGCCGAGUCUGCGUUGAACUCCAGCAAGGUCCUCGAUCACAAGGUUCGGGGCUUGAAUGCGACAGCUUUGCAGGCGCGGGCGUUCAAUGACACCCCCUCUGACACCGCCGUUAUGUCUUCCAGGCUUCACGCUAGGGGCCUGAACCACACAGAUUCUCAGGCGUAG